ACUUGUAAGCUUCUUGCUCAACAGGCUUAUCAGCUAUCUCCACACUCUUCGCCCCUUCAGUUACAAAAGACACAAUCACACAACCAUGGAAUCAAAGCCAUUCUUUCGUUUCCUCUUUUUCUUCUUCGCCAUAGCAUUCCUCCUCCUCUUCACCUGGACUCACCUUCCUUAUGCGCCACCACCCAACGUCACCACCCUCCUCGACUGCGCCAGUAACUCUCCCUGGUGUACCUCCAAGAACCGCUUUCAGUCCAAACAACCCUCAAUCACCAAAAUCCCGAGAGCCACCGCUACCACCAGGCCUCGCCAUGAGUCAGCCGCCCCUCGCCACCCCGUCGACCCUCUCACCAUCCAAGAAUUCAAUAAGGUCCGCACCAUCCUUUCUUCCCACGCGCUCUUCAAAUCCUCAAAAAACUACGCGCUCCAUUCCGUCGUCUUAGAAGAACCAGACAAAGACCUCGUCUUGCAAUGGACAAAAGGCCAACCGCUCUUCCCAAGAAUAGCCUCCGUCAUCGCACGUGCCAACGGAGAGUCACAUGUGCUGACGGUCAACUUGGAAACCAACGAAGUCAACGUUCUCAACACCGCUCCUCCGACUGGUUACCCGAUGAUGACGAUCGAGGACAUGACAUCCGCUACCUGGGCUCCACUUUCGAACGCCAAGUUCAACCGUACGAUCAUCGAACGAGGUGUUAAUCUUGAUGACGUGGCGUGCCUGCCGAUUUCCUUGGGGUGGUUCGGGGAAAACGAGGAGAACAGGAGGUUAAUUAAGGUACAGUGCUACUCCAUGAAAGACACUGCUAACUUUUACAUGAGACCAAUCGAAGGGUUAACUGUUUUACUCGAUUUGGACACAAAAGAAGUGGUGGAGAUUUCGGAUACGGGUCGGGCCAUCCCGGUUCCAAAAGCCACGAACACGGACUAUCGUUACUCGGAGCAGAAGAUUCAGCAGGAACUCAACUUGAUAAACCCCAUAUCCAUUGAACAGCCGAAGGGUCCGAGUUUUGUCAUUGAAGAUGAACAUUUGGUGAAAUGGGCAAAUUGGGAAUUCCAUUUAAAACCCGACCCCAGAGCAGGCGUGGUGGUUUCCCGAGCUAAGGUCCGGGACCCGGAUAGUGGGGUGAUGAGGGAUGUGAUGUACAAAGGGUUUACUUCUGAAUUGUUUGUGCCUUACAUGGACCCUACCGAUGCAUGGUAUUUUAAGACUUAUAUGGAUGCGGGCGAAUACGGGUUCGGGUUGCAGGCUAUGCCACUUGACCCCCUUAAUGAUUGUCCAAGAAAUGCAUAUUAUAUGGAUGGUGUGUUUGCCGCCGGUGAUGGUGUACCUUAUGUCCGAUCAAACAUGAUCUGCGUGUUUGAGAGCUACACCGGUGAUAUAGGGUGGCGGCAUUCGGAGAGUCCAAUCACGGGUAUGGAGAUUAAGGAAGUGAGGCCAAAGGUGACGUUAGUGGUCAGAAUGGCUGCAUCAGUGGCUAACUAUGACUAUAUUGUUGAUUGGGAGUUCCAAACAGACGGGCUAAUCAGGAUUAAGGUUGGACUUAGCGGCAUUUUGAUGGUGAAAGGUACCACCUAUGAAAACAUGAACCAAGUGGAAGCGCAAGAACAUCUCUUUGGCACGCUUUUGUCUGAAAACGUUAUUGGCGUUAUCCAUGAUCAUUACAUCACAUUCUACUUGGAUAUGGACACAGAUGGCUCCGAUAAUUCCUUUGUUAAAGUAAAUAUCCAGAGGCAAGAUACCUCGCCGGGAGAGUCACCAAGAAAAAGCUAUUUGAAAGCUGUCAGAAAUGUGGCCAAAACAGAGAAAGAUGCACAAGUUCAGCUUAAACUCUAUGACCCAUCUGAGUUCCAUGUGAUCAAUCCAACUAAGAAGACAAGGGUUGGGAACCCGGUUGGAUAUAAGGUAGUUCCUGGCGGUUCCGCCGCUAGCUUGCUGGAUCAUGAAGAUCCACCACAGAGAAGAGGUGCAUUCACAAAUAACCAGAUAUGGGUCACUCCAUAUAACAAAAGCGAGCAAUGGGCAGGUGGAUUAUUUGUUUAUCAGAGCCAGGGUGAGGACACUCUUGCUGUUUGGUCUGAUAGGGACCGAUCAAUUGAAAACAAGGAUAUUGUGCUGUGGUAUACUCUAGGCUUCCAUCACAUACCAUGCCAGGAGGACUUUCCUAUUAUGCCAACUGUGUCCUCAAGCUUUGAUUUGAAGCCAGUUAAUUUCUUCGAGAGCAACCCAAUUCUUCGGAUUCCACCCAAUGUUGAAAAGGAUUUACCUGUUUGCAAGCCUGCUGGUUCAGCAUGAAACGCUAGUUUAAGAACAAGUCUAAGAUCUACGAAUCAAAUCUAAGUUUCUGAAUGGUCAGAGGUGUAAAUAGUAAUUAUCCAGGAACUGGUUCUAUUUCCUUAGCAAGAUUAAUUAGAGGUUACAUUCUCUUAAUCACUUUAAAGAAACAUCAUUAUGAUGGGCUUUUAACAGUGGCCACGUUUAAAGGAUCCAAUGAGUUUAAAAAAGGUCGAAACUGUCACGAUAGUUUUUCA